AUGAUACAGGAGAAGAGCAGACGAUGUUUCUCUACGGUUAAGUCCAAUGUGUUGUUCACUGUCGAACCUUUGGCUUUGUUCGACUACGUUGCAGCCCUCGCAGAACUAACAAAGUUCGUCAACGCGGAGGCUGUGAAGGUGGAGACAAACGCCUUGGUUAUAUCUCUUUGGACUGGGCACGUGUCUCAGGUUCGCAAGGGCAACGAACUCGGUGAAUGGGCCAAAUGGACGCUGUGCAAUCAACUACUAAGGCUGAGACCGUCAAGGGAGCUUCGUGAAACUCUCACCUUGGCCAGGGACUUGCCAACUUGGAGGGACUUUGGAAACUAUAGCUUGGAGAUGCUCAAUGGUGUUAUCAGGAGCGUGGUGGAAAAGAGAAAAGGUCCCCGGAAAAAUGCCUCCGGGGAUUACGUCACUAGGAAAAAGGUCACUCAGCAAAAAGGUCCCCGGAGGUUAUCUCAGAAGUACGUUCCACGGAGACUCUAA